GAGAAUGAAAGUUUUUAUUAUUAUAUUUUUCCUCUUGAUUUUAACGUCAAAUGGAACAAGUUUUGGUAGAAAAAAAUCUAAAUGUCGAAAGGACAGUGAGAAAACUUUAAGUAAAAACGAUGAGAACUUAACAGUCGAUUAUUAUUAUAAUUGUGACCCAACAGAAUUUGGAAUAGUACAAAAGAUUCCGUAUUUGCGUUCUUGUUCGACAUGUGACACUAUAGAAAUCAAUUUCUCUUCCGCUUGUAUCAGAUGUGGAAUGUGCCUUGCCAUUGCUGAUAAGAUAAAUCAAACGCUAUUAGAUGUACACGAAGUGCUACCUAAUGCAUGUUUUAACGAUACCGAAAUUGAGCUUCUUUUGAGAACCAUAUGUGAUCAUUCUUUUCAAUACUAUGGUCUUCACGAAGUAAAUGGAAGAAGAUAUAUUUCUGAUAAAUUACCAGGUUCUGUUAUAGUGAGUACUACUGCUGAUGGACUUUGGGGAAAAAGAUUAAGCGAUCUUUGUCAUUAUUAUCUUGAUGAAAUCGGUGAAAUAUCAUUGUACAAGCAGUGGCAACAGUGGUACGAUGAUGAUGAAAAAAAUGAUGAUUUAUAUAACAUCAUGUGUCGAAAUAUACAUGGUCUAUUACGAGAUUGUAAGAGUAUGGAAAAUAUUGAGAAAUACGAAUAUCCAUGUAAAACUUUCAAUGCUAAAGUAAAAAUCUCUGCAACUUUCGACAGAUAUGGUUAUCGAAGUUAAUAUUAUCCAUCGCGUAAUAAACUAAACGACA